GGAAAUUUAGAAGAUGUAAUAAAUAAAUAAAAAUUAAUAACAAGGUCUUCGGGUUUCAGACCAAGAACGAACACCAACAGCAACAACAUCAACAACUAAAAACACGAUACAAUAAAGAAUACAUUCAUUUAGUGCGCGAGAGAGAGAGAGAGAGAAAUCGACAGAUAUUUACAGAGAUUUUCGUCUGAAAGCUCUCUUCUUCCUCGAUCUGUUCGACCCCUUUCUCUCCUUCAAUUCUCUGAUUCGAAAGCUCUAGCGAUUGCCUCGUUCUUCGAUCUCGGUUUUGGGUUGGUGCGAAGAUUGAGAGGUCUCAAGUGAUUGCAGCAUGACCAUCGAAAGCCCCGGCGAAGGGGAGAAUUAGGGUUUGCGUGGUUCGUGGGGCUGUGAUUGGACCUUCCAUGGGCGAUGGCGGCGUUGCAUGCGUGCCUUCGCAGCAUAUUAUGGAGCAGUUUUCGAUUUCCGAGACUUUUUGUGGCGUCAACAAUGGCAAAUUUAAUUCAAAGCCGUUCAAAGUUACAGAGAGAAAGAUGAAGAUGAAGGUCAAAAGAGAGGAAUUUCGGAGGAAGACAGAGUCCGGGAAGGGUGAUUUCAGUUCUGAGAGGGGUAAGAGCAGCAAUACAGAAGUUGAGAACGGUGAAUUUUACAGAGAUAAGGUUCCAAAAGAGGAAGUUGAGGAAGGUGAAUUGGGUUCAUUUGAUAAAUUUCCAAAUGGGGAAUUCAUUCCUGGGAAGCCACGAAAAUUUGAAAUAAGAAGCGAAAUCGAGAGGGGAGAGUGGCCAGUUGAUAAUUGGAGGAAAUGGGAACUAGAAAAGGGAGAGUUUGUGCCGGGAAAGUGGCGGAAAGAAUAUACAGACAAGGGGGAAUUCAGUUCUGGGAGGUGUCGAAGUGAUGAUGUGUCUGAGAAAUGUAGAAAAGGGGAGCCCGAGAAAGCAGAAUUCAGGUUGUGGAGAGGUUCUAAAGCUGAAAUUGAGAAAGGAGAGUUCAUCUCAGAAAGGUGGCAUAAAAGUGAAGUGGCGAAGGAUGAUUACAGGUACCCGAAAAUGCGCCGUGAUGAUUCAGCAAAGGACAAGAGAUGGAAAUGUGAACGAGACUGGACACCUACUACUGGUAAGUAUGCAGCGGAGAAAGAAUUCAAUAGAAGUGGGGGUCUGCAUUUGAAAAGGUCGUCCAGGUGGGAAACUGGCCAAGAGAGAAAUACAAGGCUGGGUUCAAAAAUUGUAGAUGAGGAAGGCUCCUUUAAGACUGAGUACAGCAAUGGGAAGAAUCAUGGAAGAGAAUGCUCUUCUGGUAACCGGUUAAAGCGGCACAGUAAUGAUUCUGACAGCAGUGAUCGUAAACAUUAUGGGGAAUUUAGUGAUUAUAAAUUCUCAAAAAGCCGGAGACUUUCUGAUGAUGGCAGUCGUUCCGUACAUUCGGAGAAGUAUUCAUGCCGGCCUGUGGAGAGGUCUAAAAAUUCCUCUUCCUCAAGGAAUAUUUUCUGUGACAGGUACUCUUCUAGACAUUAUGAAUCUUCUUUGCCUUCCAGAGGAACUUAUGACAAACAUGGUGGUAGCCCACAUCAUUCUGAGUGGUCCCCACGUGACCGGGCCUGCCACUCUGAUCACAGGGGUCGUAGUCCAGUCCACCGUGAGAGGUCUCCAUAUGAUCGGAGCCGGCACUAUGAUCAUAGAAACCUGAGUCCUAGCUACUCGGAGCGGUCCCCACAAGAUCGAGGUCGACAUCAUGAUCGUACAGAUAGAACCCCUAACUUUUCUCCACUUGACAAGGGUAGUAGGCCCAAUAAUUACCGGGAAGCAAAUCAAAAAACUGGAGGAAGUGACAAGAGAUCGAGCCAUUAUGGAAAUAAAGGGCAAGAAGAGAAACUUGAUCAGAAAGAUCCUCACCAUAGAGAUUCACAUAUAUCGGCUAAAGCUUCUCAAGAUAGAAGCAAUUUGUGUGAUGGUAGUGUAUCAGUUGAGAAAAAUGUUGAUCAUCAGUCUCACGUGGAUGAACAGUCUCAAAAUCAAGAAGCGCAUUGCAAAGAGUCUCCUCAGGUUAAUGGUACUACUGAGGAGCUCCCUUCAAUGGAAGAGGACAUGGAUAUAUGCGACACACCACCACAUGUGCCAAUGGUUGUGAAUUCAACAACAGGAAAAUGGUUCUAUCUUGAUCAUUUUGGGGUGGAAUGUGGGCCUUCCAAAUUGUGUGUCCUGAAGGUACUUGUGGAAGAAGGCUUUCUUGUGUCUGAUCACUUGAUUAAGCACUUGGACAGUGAUAGGUGGGUUACAGUUGAAAAUGCAGUUUCCCCAUUGGUGACUCUCAAUUUUCCUUCUAUUGUAUCAGACACUGUUACCCAGCUGGUGUGCCCUCCUGAGGCUCCAGGUAAUCUGUUGGUUGAUGUUGGAGAUACUGUUCGAUGUGCUAAUCAGCUAGGUGAGGAAAUGCCAUCUACUUUUCCGGAACCAACAUUUUCCCCAGCUGAGAAUUCAGCUGUAUUUGAGCCUUUAGAAAAUCUCCACAUUGAUGAGAGAGUUGGAGCUUUGUUAGAAGGUUAUAAUGUUAUUCCUGGCCACGAACUUGAGGCAGUUGGAGAAGUGCUCCAAAUGACAUUUGAUCAUCGAGAGUGGCAGAAAUGGGGGAAUUUUGAAGGCUUCACUUCGCAUUGGUUUGACUCUCUGGAACAGCAUGAUCAUAACACAGGUGAUGGCUUAUCCAGGUACCCUGAACUUGCAAUAAAAGAAGCUACAGAAAUGUUAACAGCUCUAUCUGAUAGGGAUAGUGCCUUUGCCUGUGGUGACUCUAGUAAUUGGUUCUCUAGCCUAUGGUCGUGCAAGGGUGGGGAUUGGAAGAGGUAUGACGAAGAUGCCCAAGACAGAUCCUGGAAAAAGAAGUUUGUCCUCAAUGAUGGCUACCCACUGUGCCAGAUGCCAAAAUCGGGCUAUGAAGAUCCUCGAAGGCAUCGGAAAGAUGAAUUGUACUAUCCUUCUCACAACAGACAGCUUGAUCUCCCACCUUGGGCAUUUUCCUUGCCUGAUGAUUGGAGUGAGUGUAAUGCUGUUGGCAAAUUGAGUCAAUCGAAACCUCCUGUUGUAAGAGGAGUAAAAGGAACUUUGCUUCCUGUCAUCAGGAUAAAUGCAUGUGUGGUUAAGGACCAUGGUUCAUUUGUGUCUGAGCGCUGCAUGAAAGUCAGAGGAAAAGACAGAUACACUUCAAGAUCUGCUCGAGCUCACUCUGGAGCUAGUGAUGUGAAGAGAUCAUCGGAAGAAGGUGGUGGUUCUCAAUCUAAAAGUUUUUAUGAACAAGAAUUGCUGGGCUCUUCCAGGAGUAUCACAUCCGGUAAUAUACCAAAAGACCGUCUCUGCACAGCCUAUGAUUUACAACUACAUUUAGGUGAGUGGUACUACCUUGAUGGUGCUGGGCAUGAACGAGGACCUUUGUCAUUUUCAGAGCUGCAAGUCUUGGCAGAUCAAGGUGUCAUCCAGAAGAAUAGCAGUGUUUUCAGGAAAAUUGAUAAAGUUUGGGUUCCAAUUACAUCUGCUGCAGAGGCUGCUGAAGCAUCUGUCAAGACCCAACAAGAGAUUAUUCGAACAUCUAAUGAUACUUCUGGAGUUUCUCUUACAGAAUCAACAGGUGUUGCGCUUGGUGGAAAUGGCACUGUUUCCAGUUUGUUUCACAGCUUGCAUCCACAGUUUAUUGGUUUUACCCGGGGGAAGCUUCAUGAACUGGUCAUGAAAUCAUAUAAGAGCAGGGAGUUUGCUGCAGCUAUAAAUGAGGUCUUGGAUCCAUGGAUCAAUGCAAAACAACCAAAGAAGGAAAUGGAAAAAUACAUGCAUAAUCAAGCUCUGAUUUCAGGCAAGAGAGGCAGGUUACUGGUUGAUGGAAGCGAAGAAGGUUACGAAAUGGAAGAAGUACCAGGAGUUCAGGAGGAAUGGACAUUCGAUGAUUUGUGCAGCAAUGCUAUUUUUCACAAAGAAGACAAUGCAGGUUCUCAGAUUGAGUCUGGAAGCUGGGGUCUUCUGGAUGGUCAUUUACUGGCACGAGUCUUUCAUUUCCUUCGAACUGACGUAAAAUCCCUUGUAUUUACUGCUUUGACUUGUAAGCACUGGAGAGCAGUGUUCAAGUUUCACAAGGAAAUCUCCAGACAGGUUGACUUAUCAUCUGUUGGCCCUAAUUGCACCGACUCCAUGAUCUGGAAAUUCAUGAAUGGUGGUUAUAAGAAAGAGAAAAUAACUUCAUUGGUACUGCUUGGUUGCACCAACAUCUCUUCAAGCAUGCUUAAAGAAAUUAUUCAGUCGUUUCCUUCUUUAUCUUGUAUAGAUAUUAGAGGCUGCAACCAGUUUGGUGAUUUGGCAGAUAUAUUUCCAAAUAUUAACUGGGUCAAGAGCAGAGGUUCACAUUCAAAAUUAAGGAGUCUUAAACACAUAAAUGAUAGAACUUCAUCAGUGUUCAAAGGUCAUAGUGGGCUGGAUAGUCACAUGGAUGAUUCCAGUGGACUAAGAGAUUAUUUUGAAAGUUUGGAUAGAAGGGACUCAGCAAAUCAGUUAUUCCACAAAAGCUUGUACAAACGCUCAAAACUAUUUGAUGCUAGAAGGUCAUCUUCUAUCCUAUCUAGGGAUGCCCAUUUGAGGCGUUGGGCCAUCAAAAAAUCUGAAAAUAGUUAUAAGAGGAUGAAGGAAUUUGUUGCUACGGGUCUGAAAGACAUAAUGAAGGAGAAUACCUUUGACUUUUUUGUGCCCAAGGUUGCUGAAAUUGAGGAUAGAAUGAAGAAGGGUUACUAUGCUCGCCGUGGUUUGAGCUCUGUGAAUGAGGAUAUCAGUCAAAUGUGCAGGGAUGCGAUCAAAGCAAAAAACCAUGGUGAUUCUGGAGACAUGAAUCACAUUGUUACAUUAUUUAUCCAACUUGCCACACGUUUGGAAGAUAGUUCUAAGCCUUAUCAUGAAAGAGAUGAGAUUAUGAAGAAUUGGAAAGAUGAUUCACCUGCUGGGUUUGGCCACACUACCUCAAAGUAUAAGAAGAAGCUCAACAAAGUGAGUGAAAGGAAAAAAAUUAGGAGUAAUGGUACCUUCUCGAAUAAUGGUGGUUCUGAUUAUGGAGAAUAUGCAUCUGAUCGAGAAAUCAGAAAGCGCUUAUCCAGGUUGAAUAAAAAAUCCAUGGACUCCGGAAGUGAGACGUCCGAUGAACUUGACAGGUCUUCUGAAGAAACCAAGACUGAUAGUGACAGUACUGCCUCGGACUCAAUAAGUGACUCUGAUUUCCAAUCAGAAAGUGGAUUAGGGGGGUCAAGAGGAGAUGGAUACUUAAUUGCAGAUGAUGGGUUUGAUCCUCUGACUGAUGAACGUGAAUGGGGUGCUCGAAUGACCAAAGCAAGCCUUGUUCCUCCUGUUACUAGGAAAUAUGAAGUAAUUGAUCAAUAUGUUACUGUAGCCGAUGAGGAGGAAGUGAAAAGGAAGAUGCAGGUUUCCUUACCUGAUGAUUAUGCUGAGAAGCUCUGUGCUCAGAGAAAUGGCACUGAGGAGUCAGAUAUGGAGAUUCCUGAAGUUAAGGAUUAUAAACCUAGAAAACAGCUUGGAGUUGAGGUGAUAGAACAAGAAGUUUAUGGCAUAGAUCCUUACACUCAUAAUCUUCUACUCGAUUCUAUGCUGGAGGGAUCGGAUUGGACGAUUCUUGAUAAGCAUUUGUUUGUUGAAGAUGUUCUCCUUCGCACUCUGAAUAAGCAGGUGCUGCACUUCACGGGCACUGGAAACACUCCUAUGAUGUAUCCAUUGCGGCCAGUUAUUGUGGAGAUCCUAAAAACUGCAGAGGAAGAUCAUGAUUUCCGAACUAUACGACUUUCUGAAUGUAUUCUGAAGGCCAUUGAUAGUCGUCCUGAGGACAAUUAUGUUGCUUAUAGAAAGGGGCUUGGUGUUGUUUGCAACAAAGAAGGUGGGUUUGGCGAAGAUGAUUUUGUUGUGGAGUUUUUGGGCGAGGUUUAUCCUGCUUGGAAAUGGUUUGAGAAGCAAGAUGGUAUUCGUUCUUUGCAAAAGAAUAGUAAAGAUCCUGCGCCAGAGUUCUAUAAUAUUUAUCUUGAGAGGCCAAAGGGUGAUGCUGAUGGGUAUGAUUUAGUAGUUGUUGAUGCAAUGCACAAAGCAAACUAUGCAAGUCGGAUUUGUCACUCAUGUCGCCCUAAUUGUGAGGCAAAAGUUACUGCUGUUGAUGGGCAGUACCAGAUUGGAAUCUAUUCUGUACGUCCAAUUGAAUACGGUGAAGAGAUCACGUUUGAUUAUAAUUCUGUGACAGAGAGUAAAGAAGAAUACGAAGCAUCAGUUUGUUUAUGUGGGAGCCAGGUUUGCCGUGGGAGUUACUUGAAUCUGACAGGUGAAGGAGCCUUUCAGAAGGUGCUGAAGGAGGGGCAUGGGAUACUGGAUCGACACCACUUGUUACUAGAGGCUUGUGAAUUAAAUUUUGUAUCUGAAGAAGAUUAUAUUGACUUGGGUAGGGCUGGUUUGGGAAGUUGUUUACUUGGGGGAUUACCUGAUUGGCUGAUUGCUUACUCAGCUCGACUGGUGAGGUUUAUCAAUUUUGAACGAACUAAGCUUCCUGAGGAGAUUCUGAAGCAUAAUUUGGAAGAGAAGAGGAAAUACUUUGCAGAUAUCUCCAUUGAAGUUGAGAAAAGUGAUGCUGAGGUCCAGGCUGAGGGAGUCUACAACCAAAGGCUUCAGAAUUUGGCUCUUACUCUUGACAAGGUCAGAUAUGUCAUGAGAUGUGUUUUUGGCGACCCGAAGAAAGCUCCACCACCACUGGAGAGGUUGAGUCCUGAAGCGGCAGUUUCCUUUCUCUGGAAAGGGGAGGAAUCACUUGUAGAUGAACUUAUUCAGUGCAUGGCUCCUCAUACGGAUGAUGACCUGCUAAAUGACCUCAAGUCCAAGAUUCGUGCUCAUGAUCCAUCUAGUUCUGAUGAUAUCCAGAAGGAGCUUCGGAAAUCUUUAAUAUGGUUGAGGGAUGAGGUUCGAAAUCUUCCAUGUACAUAUAAGUGUAGGCAUGAUGCUGCUGCUGAUUUGAUUCACAUUUAUGCUCAUACAAAGUGCUUCUUUAGAGUGCAGGAAUACAAGGCCGUAACUUCCCCACAUGUUUACAUUAGUCCUCUUGACCUCGGCCCCAAGUACACUGAUAAGAUGGGGUCAGGUUUCCAAGAGUAUCAGAAGAAGUACGGUGUAAAUUAUUGUUUAGGGCAGCUGAUUUAUUGGCAUAAUGCUACUAAUGCCGAGCCAGAUUGUAGCUUAGCCAAAUCGAGUAGGGGUUGCCUGUCAUUACCUGACAUUGGUUCCUUUUAUGCCAAGGUCCAGAAGCCAUCUCGACACCGGGUUUAUGGCCCAAGGACUGUGAAAUUCAUGUUGUCAAGGAUGGUGAGUUUUAAUUUUUGUUUGCUUCAUAAUUAUUUGCUAUAUAUAUAUAUAUGUAUGUAUCCGGCUUACAAGUUGACUCAAUCGAUGCUUCUCCCACUCUUAACAAAAUGCGAUUCUUCACUAGGCAAGCUUUCUUUUUGGGCAGAUAAACUUGUGAGUUUCUUUAGUUGUAGAGCAUUUAGGGUUUAGGGUUCAUUUCAUAUU